AUGACUGCACGUGUGGUCAUUGACACCCGCAAUCCAGGAAGGUCUCCUUAUGUGCCCCUUUUGGACUCGGAGAAGAAAUCUCCCAGCAUCCUUGUCCGGGUACUGCCUGUGACGCUCCUACCCCUUCUCCAAGAGAUGCAGCCCCUGGGAACACUGCUAGCCAGCCAAGCCAUGUUUCAUAACUCUAGCCACAGGGAAGGCAUGGGCCAGGUGGGUAAGCAUGCAUCUCUUGAUCCAGAUCUUGGAUACUGGGUACGGGAUGUACCCCAGGGGCAGGGGGGAACCCUGGCCCCCAAUACCUCCUUCCCAUUCCCCCUUGAGCCUUCAGGGGCCUAAAGCAGCAUCAUCCCUGUUUAUUGUGCCCUACUGGCCACCAUGGUCCUCGGUCUGCUCGUCUACCUGGUCUUCAAGUGCUGAUGUUCACAUAAACAGAGAGAGCAGCUGGCCAAAGCUCAGACUGCAGAGCAGGGGGCCCUCCACAGGGUCAGCAGUGUCUCCUUGGACUCUCCUAGCAGUCUGGAGCCCUGUGCCCCUAGCCACGGACCACAUCCUGAGCUUGGCUGCCAGCUUUACCUUCAUCUCCCUUGGCAGUAGGAAGAAGUAGAGCUGCUCCCGGAGGUGUCAGGUGAACCUGACAAGGGCUGGCAGGGUCGCGGCCACCUGGGCUACCAGGCUGAUGCUGUGGCAGCCAUGGCCCGGGGCCAGGUGCCAGCCUACACUCUGCUGAGGGACUGGGCUGUGCAAGAAGGCAGCUGUGCCAUCCUCAGGGUGCUGGAGGCAGCCCUGGCUCUCGCAGCUGAGGGCCACUGUGGAAUGAGAUGCCUGCACAGUCUGGCCCUCUCAGGGAACCCACCCUGGUGCUCCUCACCACCCUCAUGUCAUACUUUUCUUCCACGGCACUCCUAGCAUUGGUAGCCUCGGCUUGCUCUCUUCUGGGGGAACACAGAAGAUCCAGACACCCCUCACUUCCCCCUUGCCCUACCUUCCUCCAGGACUUGGACCAGGGUAUGUAGGAGUGGACCAUGAGGAGUGGGCCUGCUCUCCUGAUCUCUGCUCUGCCUUCCCUUACUUAGCUUCUCUUCUACUUUUGUAUCCCAUAUUAAAGGCAACUUUGGACUGUU